CCAACCGCAGCCGGGCUGAGGCCGAGACCACGUACCAAAUCAAGUAUGAGGAGCUGCAGACACUGGCUGGGAAGCAUGGGGAUGACCUCCGUCGCACGAAGACAGAGAUUUCUGAGAUGAACCAGAACAUCAGCCGUCUCCAGGCAGAGAUCGAGGGCCUCAAAGGCCAGAGGGCUUCCCUGGAGGCUGCCAUCGCUGACGCUGAGCAGCGUGGUGAGAUGGCUGUUAAGGAUGCUCAGGCCAAGCUGGCUGAGCUGGAGGCCGCUCUGAGGAACGCCAAGCAGGACAUGGCACGGCAGCUGCGCGAGUACCAGGAGCUCAUGAAUGUCAAGCUGGCCCUGGACGUGGAGAUUGCCACCUACCGGAAGCUGCUGGAGGGCGAGGAGAGCCGGCUGGAGUCUGGGAUGCAGAACAUGAGUAUCCACACCAGGACCACCAGUGGCUACGCAGGUGGACUGACUUCGUCCUACGGGACCCCUGGCUUCAACUACAGCCUGAGCCUGGGCUCUGGCGGUGGCCCCAGCUCCUUCAGCCGCACCAGUUCCAAGGCUGUGGUUGUGAAGAAGAUUGAGACCCGCGAUGGGAAGCUGGUGUCUGAGUCCUCUGAUGUCCUGUCCAAGUGAAAGGCUCCUGCGGUCCCUCCCAGCCUUCCCCCGCUCACUGGCUCCUGCAGAUAGAGUUGUGCGGGGGAGCAUGUGCAUGGGAGACCUGAGGUUUCGCCCCUGUCCUCUGCCCACACCUGGGGGGAGUCGACUGCCUGGGGUUGCCCCUUUUGCCCAUGACCCCAACUAAAAGCCAACGUAAGCGUCUUUUUCAGAAUAAAUCCAAUUCGAGUAUCUUUUUUCAGAA